UUGAUCGUUUAAUAAACGACGCUUUGUUGUUGUUACACCUAUGUCUAAUUUACCGACAACAACAGCGGAUACAAUAAUAUACAAUACAUUGGGUCAUAGUGAUGAGCAUAGUACAAGAAGUGAAGAAGAAAAAGAAAAAGAAAGAGUUAACGAAACGACGAAUCAACAAAUUAUCGUGAAAGAAGUCGACGAAACGAUUGUACAGCAAAAAACUUUAGAAGGUUUAGGUGCACGUCUAAUACGUAUAGUUGGAAACGAUGAUGAAAAUGAUAAUGAUGGUGCUGUAAUUGGCCAAACAACGGCAGUGGCCACAACAACAACAAUAACGGAUAAUAAUACUGAAACUGAACCAUUUCCAUCCGGUCAUAUUGAAGAUUAUUCGGAAUAUUUAUUUGAUUCAAAUUUACCAUCACAUUCGACCUAUAAGCAGACAAAUUCUUCAAUUAUAAUUAAUGAUAAUAAUUGUCAAAAACAACAAUCAAAAGAUGCUAUCAAUCAUCAUCAACAAUUAGAUACGAAUACGGAUCCUAUAUUAAGUUUUAUUAAUCUAGAACAACAACCAAGAUCCGAACAAGAUCUUUUGUCUCAUCAUUCAUUUGCAUCGUCAUCCUUGUCAUCAUCAUCAUCGUCUUCGUUGUCACAUCAUCAUCAUCAUCCUCAGCAUAAUACGUCAAAGACAAGUGAAGUGGAUCUUUAUAUCCAACAACAGCAGCAAAGCAAUAUUCAUACAACUGUAGUGACCAGUAUUGAUACGGAUAAUAACGAAAAUAAUAAUAAUCAUCAUCAUACACAGCAAUCAUUAUCAUCAUCAUCAAUAACAACAACAGGCAACGAUUAUCUUUUAUUUGAUCCAUCAUCAAUGGUUUUGCUUGAGGAAACGACGCCCGAUAUUUUGUCAACAGUUGUUGGACAGUUGCCCGAAGACGAUAAUAAUAAUUCAGACAUUGUUCAUCAUACAACAAAUUUGUCUAAUAAUGAUAAUAAUACUGGUAAUGAUAACAACAAUGAUGAUGGUGGUGACAACAGGUUGAAUACAAUCCAAGAUAAUAGUUUUUCUACAAAAAUUGAUUAUUAUUCAACAGUGGCAACAACAUCGCCACCGACAGCUACAACAACAACGACGACGACGACGAUAGAAGCGACAUCAAUAACAACGACUAUAAAUGAAUUAGGAUCCACUCAGCAUCAUCAUAUUCAUCAUCAAAAUCAAAGUUCAAUGUCGCAACAACCGCUGCCAACAUCUUCCUAUGAACAUCAACAACUUCAACAAACGCAGCAGCAUCAUCAUUCUCAGUUUAAUGAAACCAUUUCAAAAAUUUCCGAAAUCAGCAAUAACGGUAAUGUUGUUGUUGGUGGUGGUGGUUGUAAUGAUAAUUAUGUCACACAAUCACAAUCGCAACAACAACAACAACCGUUUGAUCGUAUGAAUGGAAAUGGAAAGAAUGUUAGCGGUACUAGCAUUAAUAAUACGAUUGUAGGAAAUGAUCAUCAUCAACAACAACAUCAGUAUCAAAAUCCAAAUCAACCAAAUAAACAACCAGAAACAUUUAUGAUGGCAAAUGAUAGUAAUAAUAAUCCUUUAAUGACGACAACAUCAAGCUGUGAAAACAUUUCCUGUGCUGCUACUGAUGUUGCCGCUGUCCAUGAAGAAUCAUCAUCUUCAUGUAUUGGAACGCAUCAACAGCAACAAGAAAUGAGAAAUGUCAAUGUGGGUUUAUUAGGUUCAACAGAAACAACAUCCAUUCACACGAUAACUAAUGAUGAAAUAACGGCAGCAAUGAUGGUCGUUACAGAUCCAAUGCAACCGCAGCAACAACAGCAAUCAUCUUUAUCAUCUCUAACAUCAUCGACGACAACAGUAAAUACUUUGUCAACAACGGGUCAUCAUCAUCACCAUCAUCAUCAUUAUCAGCAAAUGGGAAAUAAUGAUCAGAGUAAUAGUGAAUACAUAGCUUCAGCAAUAGAUACGACAAUGAUGGAAUCUCAUAAAUUUCCUGAGCAGCAGCAACAGCAGCAGCUACAUUUACAUCACUUAUCUGAUAAAGAUAUUGAAAGGCAACUUCAUCUUCAACAAUCGCAUCCACAAUCGGCUUCAACGACAUCAACUUUCUCAUCGACAUCAGGUUCAGCUCAAUCAUAUCAGCCAACAAAUACAACAACGUCUAUUCCACAACAAUUAUUAUCAUCAUCGUCAUCUACAUCGACCAUAACAUCAUUAUCAUCAUCUUCAGUGGCUAACCAAGAUGAUGAUACAAAUCAAUUGCUCAAUGCCAUGAUUCCUACUAAUUUAUAUGAUUGCUACAGUAGUGAUUCGGAUAUAAGAUUACAUCAUCAUCAUAAUCAACAACAACAGCAAACACAGAUAAAUCAUGAUGAUAAAUCACAACAACAACAACAACAUCAGAAUAUAACCGUUCCUAACAUCGAAUCGAUGAAUCCAUGUCUUUCAAGUGAUGAUACUAGCUUAUAUCAACACCAUCAUCAAGAACAACAAACUGGUGAUUCAAAUGGUGGUCAUAAUAGUGGUGGUGGUGGUGGUGAUGGUAUUGAUCGGGAAAAUUUAAUGUUACAGCAACAACAUCACCAUCAUCAUCAAAUUAACACCGAUAAUCAACAGCAAUCUGUUAUACCUCAUCAUCAAACAUCAUCAACACAAUCAUUGACGACAACAACAACCGUAACAACAUCAACUGCAACGGCUGAUCAAUCAUUAGGAUUAGAACAAUCGGAACAGUUAUAUCAUCAUCCACAACAACAUCAUGGCCAUCAGCAAAUUGUUCAAUCUACAACCAAUUUGGAACUACAACAACAAUCACAACAACAGCUUGAUACAUAUAAUAUUUUGUCAUCAACAUCAACAUCAUCAUCGGCGAUAACGAAUCAUAGUAAUGUUACAUCAGCAACAAUGAUUGAAGUGCCUAGUUCGUCUACACAACAACAACAGCAACAACAGAAUUCACAUUCACUACAACCACAACAUCCACCACCAUCAUCAUCAUCAUCUUCGUUAUCUUCGUCCAACAAUAUCAAUGUUGCUGUUGCUACUAUACAACAAUCACAAUGUUCAAAUAGUGUUUCAACAUCGACUACCGUUACAACAACUGCCGAUUCUAGUUGUACCCAUCCUUCUACAACGGAUAUUCAAACAGAAACCGGAACAGGAAGUCAUAUUUUAUAUGGACCAAUAGGUCAUCAAGCAGAAAAUACAUCCACACCAUCGAAUAAUGUUGAUGUUAAUGAUUAUCAAUUACAACAACAUCCUCAACAAAAUCAAUACCAUAUAAUUGCAUCAUCGAAUUCAUUGGUGAAUCACAAUACAUCAUCAUCGAAUCAGAUUACGUCAUCAUCUACAACCACUGAUAACAAUAAUAACACUGCCCAUCAGGUAACAUCACAACAAUUUAUGGCUGUUGUAUCUUCUGCCGAUACCAAUCAUCAACAGCAGCAACAACAACAACAAUCUUCAUCAUCGAUGACCAACGUAAAUGCCGUUGUUGUAGUUUCUAAUGAUUCUUCUCAUCCACAAUCUCAAUCAAUCAACACGGAUACAAUUAGUGCGCUAGGAACAAUGCGUGACAGUGAACCACAGUUGAUGUCAUCGACAUCGACACUUUCACAAUCACAACAACAACCACCACCCGUGCAUUAUGGCCAUCAUCCGACAAAUACAUCAUCCAACUAUGUUAGCUUAUGUGAUCAAUUACAACAACAUCAAUCAUCAACGUCGCAAGUGCCGCAUUCGGAAUCACAGGGCGUUAACGUAAAUUUUUCUCUAAAUGAUUCCAAAUCUACAGCAUCGAUCCAACAACAACAACAACAACAACCGCAACAGCAAUAUGAUCCAACAGCUAGCAACUUACAACAAAAUCAAUCGCAAAUACAAAUUCAGCCACAGCAAUCCAACAUUACAAUCGCGGUUUCGACACAAAAUCAGACAUCAUUGAAUGUAAUUAAUCAACAACAACAGCAGCAGCAGCCAAGAAUGAUAUCAGGAAGAAGAAAUGAAUCUCAUUCUCAACAAUCACAAUCAUUAUGUAUGGUUGUACCGCACAAUAAUCCAAAUAACAAUCUAGCUGAUACAAUUCCGGUGACACUAACAACUGGAAGUGGUGCCAUACGCCCUUUGUGUGUGAUCACCGAUUCAACUCCUGAACAAAUUUCAGCUUCCGGUAUGAAUUUCUCUAAUGUAACAACGGCUUCGAAGAAAAUAUUUUUUUCAACAUCAACAGCUGCUAGUACCAACACUAAUACAUCGAUAAGUCAACCGACGUUAUUGUUUGCCUCAAAAAGUCCGGCUGUUGGACAAACAGCAGCAGUUCAUUCAUCACAUGUGGUCAAUCAAAAUCAGAUCAUGAUCAUUCCGUCCAAUUUUUCUUUGAAUCCUCAACAUACGAUUUCAACAGCCAGCCAUUCACAACCACAGAUUCAACAACAUCGUUUCAAAGCUGAAAGAGACAUUACGGACAUUAAGCCUUUUGUUCCAGACACAAGUAAUGUGGAACAAAAUUUUCAUUCAAACGAGUCCUUGUUGCCUCGUCAAUAUUCUUCUACCUCUUCGAAGGAUUCUUUAAACAAUAAUGGCAACAGUAAUCGUUACCAAAAUACUAUAUGCCAUAUCGCUUCUGGAUCUCAAGGAUAUGGGGGUGUUGCUCAAAGCACUCCGACUACUCCUACAUUGAUUCAUUCUGGAUCAACACAAUUUCCAGUGUCUGCCAAUUAUUCGGUGUUACAAUUGCCUCCAGGUCAAUUGCCCAUUAGUCAGCAUCCUCAAACACAAACAUUGGGCAAGACUAAAAUACUAUUACAUUCCGUACCAGCCGCAAACAUUAGUGGCACUGCGAAUGCUUCAGCUACAUUAUUGACACUAAAUUCCAGUCAAUUACAACCAUUACAAUCUACGAACAACGCUUCGGUAUCUCAUCCAAACAUACCGACAGGAUCGAUUAUAUUGAGUUCGAUAAUUCAAAAUCCAAGUAACAUUUCGGGCAGUCAAUCGACAAGAGCUGUCACUAAAUUUGCUGUCCCAAUAGGGGUUGCAACUAGUAACAUCAGUCAACCACAUCAACAAUCAAUUCAAGUUGCAAAUAUGGUUACACCUGGCCCUGGUACGUUUACGUUCAUGCCGUCUGGUACAGGCCAGUUUCUACCUCAUGCGACAACAACACCGGUAACGAUGGCUAUGGCGACAAAGACUUCAGCUAAAUCAUCUACAGUCAAAAAGGGUAAAAAUACCAGUGUUAUUUCUGCUAGGGAUUCUGCAUCACAAAUAAUUGCUGCCGGUCGAAAUCUAAAUCCACCACCAUUACAAUCGGAAGAUCCUGCAAAGCCAUUCAAAUGCAGCAUAUGUCAUAAGAAUUUAGCAUCCAAAAAUGUAUAUCAGUUGCAUUUACGAUCUCAUUCUGGCGAGAAACCAUUCGUUUGUGAAAUAUGUAACAGCCGUUUUUCUCAAAAGACAUCAUUAACUCGUCACACCAGAUCUCACACUGGUGAAAGACCUUUUCCUUGUGAGAUUUGUGAUAAAAGAUUCGCAGACAAAGAAAGAAUAAAAAUUCAUAUGCGUAUUCAUACGGGAGAGAAGCCAUUUUCGUGUACUAUUUGUCAUAAAAAGUUCUCACAGAAAUCCACCGUAAAACGUCAUAUGAGUGUUCAUACUGGUGUAAAGCCAUUCAAAUGUGAAUCAUGUGGAAAAGGUUUUGCUAAUCGUGGUAAUCUGACAGCACAUAUCAAAACACAUAAUCAACAAUCGUCAAGUAGCCGACAGUUGUCGAAUCAAUCAUCGAAUAAUAAUCAACAAUCGAAUAGAAAAUCAAAUACAAACAAAAUGAUCAAUCAAAACAUCAAGAAUGAAGCUCAAAUUGAACAUUCUACGGAACGCGUCCAAACAACAUUAGACCAGUGACAAAAAUGAAAAUCCAUCAUGAUCAUUUUGAAAAAUUUUU